GCUCUUUGGUUCCGUGCUGUGGUUCCGUGUGAUAAUGGGAUUUAUUCUAAGGAACAUUUAAAUAUUAUUAGCCGGAUAUCAUCAAUAUUGGCUUGACAGUGGCGUAAUAUAAUAUAAUUUGGAUCACCAUGGAUUUCUUCACCGAGGUGAUCGGAGAGACGGUGAUUCUUGGUUUGGAUUCGCUUAUCCUCGGCUUCUGUGUAAAGCAGUUGAGCAAAUGCAAGCAUAUAUUAAAUGCUUUACAGACCGCACCAGUGCUGGACAUAGACUCGUCACUCAGCAGAGAGAUCAGCAAGUACCCCAACAACACCAUUCCGUAUGUGGUGAUCCGGGGCUUGGUGAAGCCCCUCGGGAACCCCAUUGUUAGUAACUACAACAACUCUGUCACUGGUGUUGUUCAAAGGCUAACGAUAAAGGAGCAUGUGAUAGCGCGCACGUCGGCAGGUUUCUGGUCGGAUCAGACGCGCACGAUCCAUGAGGUGUGCAACUCCUGUCCCUUCGUACUGAGCAAUGGCAAGUUCAGCAUUGAAGUGGUGGACGCGCUGGCGGCAGAGUUACUUGACAUGGACGUGAUCUCCGACAAGUUCGAGCCCAUGUCCCCCGGCGUCAUCGACCACGUGUGGGGCUUCUUCUCUGGCGUGAGGCAACGCGGGCUCCAAUCCAUGGAGGAAAUGCUUCGAGACGGCUCUUUUAUAACUGCUGUGGGGGAGCUUAGUGGUCCGCCUGGGGCGUUGAAGAUACAGCCGCCGAGAGAUGGCCUACCAUUGUACCUCACAACUGCUACCAAGUCAAGUUUGCUCAAGAGAUUGGCGAGCUCAAGAGAUUUCCUUAGAGUACUGGUGGUCCUCUUCGGCACAGUGGCGGCGCUGGCAGGGUCCCGCAUCGCCUACAAGUACAUAUCACGGCGGCGGCGCAAGGCGCGCGAGCACGAGGUGAAGCAGCAGCUCGCGGCCGGGCGGCGGGAGCGCCGCGCGCGCGCCCGAGACCGAGACCUCAGCGAGGCGCAGCUCUGCGUGGUCUGCACCGAGAACCCGAAGGAGAUAAUCCUGCUACCCUGCGGCCACGUGUGCCUCUGCGAGGAUUGUUCAGACAACAUCACAGAGCAGUGCCCGAUCUGCCGAGAGCGGAUAGAAUCACGCGCGCCCGCCUUCAUCACGUAGGGGCGGGUUGAGACAACAGGGCAAAUUGACACAACGGGGCGAGUUGAUACAGCGGGACAGGUUGAGACAACGGGAAAAGUAGAAACAGUGACUUGAGAGUAUGUGACAGGAUAAGUUUUUAAUCUUUAGCCUGGACAAUUGUGAAAAUUAGACGUUUGUAAAUUGCAAGCAGCAAAAUAUAGGCAACAGUUGAAAUAAAAACGUGUGAUUUGUUACACAGGAGUCAUUUUACUAGGCUGGCUCGCUGGUCUAAAUAAUAUUAUUGUUUAAGCUGUUUCUACACCUACAGUCAACUAAAGUGAGUUUUAGCAAUGAGUUCAUACUUAGGUAAAAUAGGGCUUUAGUGCUAAAAAGUGCUCCGUUUAUUAGUCAAAUAGAGCUAUAGUUUACCUUAGACAGGUACUAUGUCAUAGUUCAAUGAAAUAAUCUGUAUUUUCUGUGUCUUAUUGUAUAUUUUUUAUGAUUAAUGUAACUGAUUUGUAUUAUUUAUGAAAUAUUGUUUGCUUAACUCAAGGCUCGACUGUAGGCACGCCCCGAAUUUGUACAAUAUAGUUAACUAAUUCUAGGUAAUGUUUGUAAUAGCGUAUU